CUAGGUCCCUGUCCUGUGGAAAUUUUGGGGCCCUGGGCACCCUAUCUUGUUCCCAAACUUUAAUUGGCUCCUGGAGACCUCACCUCAAAUUAGAGAUGGGCAUCCCUCCUGUAGAACAACAAAGGCGCCUAGGUUCCAGGGAGCGAGGCCUGAACUGUGCCCCCACCCUCCAGGGAGGGCCCCUCACACCCUUGCUGCAGAGAACAGUCACGUGUGGGCUCUUCAUUAGACUCUGCUAUAUAAGCUGAGGGCACAGGGUGGUCAGGAACGCUCCAGGCAAGGAUUCAGAAAGCAGAGGCCAUGCUGAAUGCAGUGCUGCUGAGCUGUGCCCUGCUGCUGGCAUUGCCCGCCAUACAGGGCGCCCAGAUGGGCUUGGCCCCCCUGGAGGGCAUCAGAAGGCCUGACCAGGCCCUGUUCCCAGAGCUCCCAGGCCUGGGCCGCUGGGCCCAGCUGAAGAAGACAACUGCAGAACAAGCAGAAGAGGCUCUGCUGCAGGAGGCUGAGGCCGAAGCCGAGGCCCUGGCAGAGGUGCUAGACCCGCAGGACCGCGAGCCUCGCUCCCCGCGUCGCUGCGUGCGGCUGCACGAGUCCUGUCUGGGACAGCAGGUACCUUGCUGUGAUCCGUGCGCCACGUGCUACUGCCGCUUCUUCAACGCCUUCUGCUACUGCCGCAAGCUGGGUACGGCCAUGAACCCCUGCAGCCGCACCUAGCUGGCCGAUGUCUGGGUCGGAGCAGGGGGGCUUGAAUAAAGGAUGGGACCAAC